AUGGGACAACAAAAACGUGCAAAACGACAAAACCAGUUAUGUUGUACUUUGCGUACAAAUAAACAUUUGCAUUUGAACAUCCGAAUCUCGGAGUGCAUAUUGACAUUUGACCACAAUUUCAAAGUUCUGUUUGUUAAAAACCGCACGUGGCAAAACACAAAAAACACUAUGGCCGAAAACAACGCUUUGCUCAGUACGCCAAAGAAGCCCAAGACCCUAAGCCCUGGAAGCGGCGAAAAUAUUCCAUUAGGAUCGAGGCCAGAGUCGAAUCCAACUGUUGUUCAUUUGGGAGAGAAUGCGCCACUGAUUCAUGGCGAGUCCGAGGCAGCAAAAAGCCUUCUUGGGAUCAGUCUCUCAAGAUUGAAUUUAUCCCGGAGUUUGAUGAAAUUACGUUCUGCUACAAUGACUGUGUCACUGAUCGAGAGACCCUCAGAUGAUAGGCGAGCCAAUGCGUUUCUCGCGGGAUGGAACGUCACUAAUCUGAUCCAAGGAACCGGGAUAUUGGGAAUUCCGUACGCUGUAAAGCUCGGAGGGUGGGCUGCAGUCGUUUCUAUCUUUGUUUGCGGCAUUCUCUGUUGUUACACGGGAAAGCUAUUGGUCGAUUGCCUCUACGAGGAGUCCAAGCGCACCGGGCUACGGAAAAGGGUCAGGGUCAAUUACCCGGAUGUUGGGGAAGCCGUCUGGCCAAGAUGGGGCAACAGGAUUGUGAGUGCGGUACAAGUGUGUGAGAUGUCUGGGAUAGCUGUCACUUACAUUGUGUUACUGGCAUCUAUCUUCCUGGACUUCUUCCACAGCAUGACUUCCAUGGAUGUCUACAAGUGGACUGUAGUGGUGGCAUGUUUUGUUCUUCCUGGAAUUUUCAUCACGCGUGUAUCAAUCAUUGCCUGGAUCAGCAUGAUCUCAGUUUUCUCACUUUUCUCUGCAGUGCUCACAAUCAUAAUAUACUGCAUCACCCAGUAUGAUAAGAUGAGGCUUGACAAUAUGCCUGGUUUUCAGUUGAACUCUUUUCUGAUUGGCUUCGGCAUCAUUGUGUUUAGUUUUACUGCACAUGCUGUUUUUCCAGGAGUCGAAGGAAGCAUGCGUCAUCCAGAACAGUACCCCAUGAUGUUGAACAUUGCAUUUGCAAAUUCCACCAUAACCAAGAUUAUCCUGGGGAUGAUGGGAACAUUUCGAUAUGGAAGUGAACUAAACCAGGCCAUUACCAUCAAUCUCAAAAGCAGUCAAGUAUUUUACAUCUUGUCAAACACCUUUGUUGUUGCCAAUGUUGUCCUUGCUUUCCCAUUGGUCAUGUUUGUUGUCUUGGAAACGUGGGAUGACAAAAUGCUUCCCUACUUUCCACAUGUGGGAAAAGAAUCAAGUUUUCAUUGGUUCUGGCUGCUUCUGACACGCCCACUCCUCUUUACCUUUGGCGUAUUUUUGGCUAUCUCUGUUCCUCAUUUUGGCCUGGUCAUGGGACUACUUGGAAGUCUGACUGGUACCAGUUUGUGUUUCAUAUUUCCAUGCCUUUUCCAUCUGAAAUUGAAGUGGAAGAAACUGGCGUGGUAUCAGGUGGUGUGCAGGGUUCUUAUUGCCAUCUUUGGAUUUGGCUGUGGAAUCCUUGGAGCAGCAUUUACUGGCAUUGAACUGGUUAAUGUAAGUAAAUAG